UUUAAAGUUAUUAAUUAUUUAUUUAAAAAAAAUUACAAAAGUCACUAAUGUCAAUAACAACGUUACACUUCUUAAUUAUUUUUCUUUCCUUUACAAUCACUUUCGGCAAUUCCGAAUUGAUUCGAAUCGAAAAAGGCGAUAUUCAGAAAUUAAAAACGACCAAAAAGCUUUUAGAACCCGAGGAAAUCCGCGAUGAGAAAAAAGAAAUUUUAAGGGGCGACAAUGAUGGUGAAAUCGACGAGGAAGAUGAUGAGGAUGAAGACGAUGAAGAGGACGACGAUGAAGCAAAUUCUUCAAGGGGAACGGAUAAAGAGCGUCGAGAAGAGAAAGGCAAUAAAGGUCCGAAAAUAUGGGACCAAUGGGGAAAAUGGUCCCCUUGUAGUGUUACAUGCGGUAUCGGGAAGAUUAUACGUUGGAGACAUUGUGUUGGUGGAGGGUGUGCUGCAGGAGAAAAAGAAGCACAAAUAAAAACGUGUACUUUACCAGCUUGUUAAUGAAUCUAUCUAUUAUAUACAUAUAUUUUAUAUAAACACAUGUUUUAAAUACAA